AUGGCACCGUACCCCUACCGACCCCUUAACCUCCCAAACGAAACCCGUAUCCUCACAAUCCACCCUGGCAAGUUUGCUGAUGAUAUUCGAUGUAGUAUCUCACACCUCUCUAUUGCGUCUCCGGAAGAACCCUAUGAAGCUCUUAGCUACUGCUGGAGCAAAGGUGUAGACCGCAACCCGGGCGUUGACCCUGAAGAAGAAAUCCCUUGGGCCGUCCACGGCAGGGAUGGAAACGGCAACACAGUUUCCGAGUCUGGCAAGUCCAAAUGGAAGGACCUCGUCGAUCAUCCUUACCAGGGUGAAACCUAUAUCCGUAUGGGCGGCAAGAUGCCCGAUGCGCCUCUUGUUUGCGACGGUGUCGAGGUGACCGUGGGCGGUGAACUGUUCCGUGCGCUGCGUCGUAUUAGGAAAGAAGACGAGGCUCUGAGAAUUUGGGUCGAUGCGCUCUGCAUCAACCAGAAAGAUAUAGCGGAGCGUAAUGAGCAUGUCAAGAUUAUGGGGCAGGUGUAUGCAGGCGCAUCGCACACCCGGGUUUGGUUGGGCGAAUCUACGCAAAUGGAUUUCCAAGCUGUCCGCACAAUGUUUGCCAUUUCUGAAGUAUUCGACGAUUUGUUCGUCAAAAGGAAGGUUGUGGACCACAACUCGACCAUGCAAGAGGUCCAGUGGCAUUUUUACAAUACUGCGGACACGCAGCGCUUGGAUUGGGGUCUACUGGCAGAUAUGCUUGACCGGGCAUGGGUGAGUCAUUCUCAGACCAUUGAGAGAUAG